UGUACACAUAAUUCCCGUAAUCUGAAUAAUAAAUUUUCCACUCAUUUGUAUGGUGUAGACGUUUUUUUAUUUUUAUAUAUAUAUUUUUUAUUCGCCUUUUCUCGACAUUUGAAAUCGGUCUUUGCCGCGAUGCUAAACCAAUAAGUAGAAGUCGCACGAUGGCACCCUGCCUUUUAGUCGGCUUUGUCUCCGUGGGCAGAUUAUUCCAAAGACUGGCGUACCACAAUGACACGAAGUGCAUGCUGAGACAAUUCCUCACCUUUUACGUUUCCAUGACGUCUCUAGUACUGACAACAACGUGGAGAUAGAAGGUGUUGCAGUUCCACUGCUGACGGCGAUGGACACAGGCGAUACAAUGUACACCUACGAAUACCUGGAUCAUUACUACGCCGAGUUCGAUUUCAACUAUUCGGACCUGAGCAACUUCAACGACAACGACGGCGAGUUUUACAUCUUCAACGACAGCGACGAUGGCCUCGAGCCAGAUUUCGAAUCGACGAAACCGGAACGUCAGAUGGUACCGGUGCUAUUUUUCCUCAUAUUCGCAGUGGGCAUAUUGGGCAACAGUUUAAUGAUCUACGUGGUGUCGCGUCAGCCUGCCAUGAGGACGGUGACAAACAUGUACCUGAUCAACCUGUCGAUUGUGUCCCUUCUCUUUCUACUGGUGUGCGUCCCGUUCACGUCCAUAGCUUACGCAAUCACAGAUUGGCCUUUUGGAGGAUUUUUAUGCAAAUUUGUGAACUACAUUAUGGCAGUGUGUUUGUUGGUGAGUGUGCUGACCCUAACGGUGACAGGAAUUGACCGCUACUACGCCAUAGUCCAUCCAAUGAGGUCAAGACAUUUCAGAACAACGAAACGGGCUCUUGCCAUCAUUUUGUCAAUUUGGGUUGUCUCAACAAUCGUAAUGGUGUACAAGAUAUUCCUGUAUAAGAUUAGCACACGACUGCACGUGUACGACGUGAGGAGCGUCUGCGACCGAAGCCACGCCACGUUGCAACAGAGGCAGCUCGACUCUGGGGUCAUGGUCGUCUUCACCUUCUUCUUACCACAGAUGAUUCUGGCGGUUUGUCAUAUUGGAAUCGUGCGCAAACUCUGGAACAGUGUCCGGCCGGGAUCGAGACCUAACGACAUAACACUUGCAGCUUUGCAAGCCAGACGCAGAAUAGCAAUAAUUAUUUUUGCUAUAACAGUGGCAUUUGGAAUCGGGUGGUUUCCUUUCCACAUGGUGCAUCUUCACGAGGACUUCGUAGGAGCAGGAGACCAUAUACUGUUUACGGGAAGAGAAGCCCUGAGUUUCUUUUCGUACAUGGCCAACGCUAUCAAUCCGAUAAUAUAUUGUCUAUUCAGCUCUAACUUUCGGCAUCAUUUCAAGAUGGCAUUGCUAUGCAAGGUCUUAAGGAGAAGACGGGUCCGAAGGAUUCAUAUUGCCUCCCAGCAUUCUUUUCCAGAGGAAGUGGUUGCUUUGCACGUGACAGAUCAGGCAGUUAUAGACAAUGGGAUUGAGCAACUUCCGGUGCAGAACUUUCUCAGCGCAUGUCCGUUUAUUAACGACGCCAGCCUCAGACGCGAUGUGAAGAAACGCGCGCGCGCUCGUGAUGACAGUCACAUGAUUACUCAGAUGAUUUCUUUGCACAAUCUGGACCUUCCUGCUGUUGUUUAGGAGUUGGCUGUGAAACGCAACACCACCCUGGUGUGCAGUCUACGUGCAAACGCUCUUGGGUUGAGGCAUAGUGGCAACAAUGUUACUCGAUCUGUUAUAAGUCCACGUGUAGAUAUAUGUUUUGUGUCUCUCACUUCCAUAGCAGUUGACUUUGGGCUUUUAAAGUUUAAUAUAAUAAAAACAAUGACAUGCCAUAAUAGUAAUAAUAAUAAUAAUAAUAAUAGUAUAUGCAUCUUUAAAAGGUCACAGCGUAUCAGUUGAUUGUAAUGCACACUAUAUUUCUCUAACUUGUGCAAAUUAAUGAUAUGGCAUGCAUAUUUUUUAUUAUCUCGGAUAGAAACUCAUCCGAUAUUCAUUAUUGUAUAACGCUAUGUUCCCGCUACGGACCUAGUUCUACUUUUGUCUGUACAGAAAUGGUCAUUUAAUUGAUGUAUAGGCUGAGAUUUAAUAGAUACAAAGUCCGUAUGCGUAUCAGUAAACGUAGACACACGUGACUUAUUUAUAGAGAAAUUGAUAUUUGUGGACUGCGUAAGUGUACGUACACAAAUACGCAUAUGGACUAUGCAUCUAGGGCCAGGUUCCAUUUACCUGUAUGCAUAUCCGUAAUCCGAAAUGAUUCAUCCGUAUACAAAUAGUUCAUAUACGUUUACAUACCAGCCAUUUCUAUUUGUAUUGAUUAGGCGUGGGUAAAUGUAUAUAGAAGAUACCUUGUUGCUGAAAGGGAAAAUGUAGCAAGUUCACUUCUAAAGGUAUAUACAUACCAGAAUGAUCAACUGUUUGAUAUUCAAAAGCCAAUGAUUAAAUAAUCAAUGUUCUUUAGAAAUUUAGUUCAGCAAAACAGACUUUACAUAAGCUGUCCAUAUGCAGUGUUCGGAUACGGAUACAUACACGCACACGGAGACAUACAUGUAUUUAAAAGACAUCAAACGAGCUUCCAUUUCGUAUCAUGUUUAUGUCCCGAAUGAAAUACUGUUCAGUUGUUACAAGCCUUAGCGCAUGACAAUGAAAAUUAUUUCACGAGGGACAUAAACAUGAUACGAAAUGGUAGCGACUUUUAUAUCCUAUUUAUUACCCAUAAUCGAUCUUAAUUUAUAUCACUCAACUCGUUUGGCUGACGUUCCUGUAAGGUUGUAGUGCGUCAGUCGAUGACGUCACGACGUGUUACGUCCCACUUGACGUUCUAAUGGGACGUACCACUUUAAUAUGUACCAAGAUAUGUUUAUCAAUAUGGGUAAUAAACUAGUAUAUUGAAUCUACUCCAUCUAAUGACACAGAACGUGAUUUGUUUUUGCAGAUUAUGCACUACUUAGUACGUGCACGUUAAUACUCGUAUGGGACACAAAUAAAUUGACUCUGGCUCUAAUAUUGACUACACAGCAAAAACAGAUCCAAGUCUUUCAUGUAAAAAUAUUUAUAUUGUUAGAGACGUUGAUCAUGUAAAAUAAUGCGAAGCUUUAACUUGUAUUCAUAUGUAACCUUGUCUUUCAGCAUAUAUAUUUUUUAAUUAUCAUUAUUAUAAUACAGCAAUAUCAUUGAGCUAACAUUCGUAAUCGUCACAACGAUUAAUCUAAUCAGAAAUGUGUCGGUGCCCCGUCCCUUGACCCCCUCGCUUCCAACGUCUAGGACUGCCUAAAUUACGUAUAAUAGCAGGUUGUAGAUUCAUUAAUUGUAUAUAGCAUUAUAACUAAGGUCAAGUACAUUGCUCUUUCAUGUCCUCCAGUGACUUUCAAGUAUGCCACGAAAUAAUUGACACUAUAGUUUGUACCGAGGAGGCCUUUCACAUUGCGUGUUAUAUAGUCAUCUGUUUACGUUCGAUUGCCAACUGUUACAAUUAGAAUGUGCGUAGAGCAUGAUAAAAUAUGACGUUUUGUUUGAAAGUCAGCCAUUCAAAUAACCAACUCCACCCUGCUUAACUUAUGUGACAUAUUGUGUCGUUUUAAACAAUCGUCGAGUCACAAAUUAAACUAACAGACUCCUGUAUUAUAGUUCAUCUUCACUAAAAGACCCCAUGACCCCAGCUCUGAUGAACUGCGCCCGAACUGUGUUCAGAAGCGACAGGGUCAUGCAAUACCUGGCCUGUCCAAGAAUGUAUAGUCGUGCUACCACGAGGAUCUAUGUGCAUGGGCUGGGGGUUUUGUUUGUUCGUUUCGUCCUUUGCCUUUUAAAAAAAAUACAUAUAUACUACCUGAAAAUUAAUUAAGCACCACAUGUGACUUAGCAAGUAAUUGUGAACAUUUCGUGAAUACAAAACAAUAAAAUUAAUGUUCUGUGUGAACAGAGGAUAUUGAAAAAGAUUGUCGGCAAGUGACAGUCGUUACAUCCUCAUAACUAGAAUCCGUAAGGUAAUUUCUUCAUUCCAUCUUGGAACGGGCAAUUACUUCAGAGAUAAGUUAAUCACCUGUCAAAAAUACUGUGCACCACAGAAUAACAAUAAUACUUGAAUGUUUGUUGGGAUGAUUAAUUUGUUUUGGUUCGUUUCCAGAGAAACUCUACAUAAUAAUUCUUGUGCGAUAAAACAAGAUACAGACGUUUUCGGUGAUUUCAUUUCCACUUUUAUGACCUUUGCACAGGUAGUAACAGGCAUAUCGAUUCGACAUGUGCAAUAACUAACAGUAUUUCCGUCCAUAAAUGUGUGUCCAGUAUCAGAGCUUACUUGUGUGUGUGUGUGUGCAGUGUUAACUGGACAAUUGUUUCGAAUAAA